CCUCUCCGGCCCCGGCGGGUGCGCAGCGGCGACGGGCGCGCCCCCGCCCCAUGUCCACCACGUACCCCUUGGGUCUCCUCUCCAGGCUGGCGCCGGGGGUCAUGGCACAGGUGGGGCACCGAGUGGACUACCUGGCAGGGUUCUGCUGCCCGGUGGGGGGGCUGGCCGCGGGGAAGCCCCGGGUGCUGUGCCACGGCAACCAGAUCUACCUCUCCAACGGCACCGAGUACGUCUACGUCUACGACCAAGAAGGGCGGCUGAUGAAGGCUGUCUACAGGUUUCCAGAUCAAGUUUGGCACGUGGAGCUCCUGCCUGCCCACCAACAGCUGUAUAUCCUGUGUGCUGGAGUUGGCAUUUACUGUGUAUCCUUGGACUACCAAAGCAGGUUAGCGAAGCAGACAGAUGGAGAGGAAAACGACUGCUUCUCCACCGUCCUCCCCAUGGGCUCCAGCGCCUGCACUUUCCCCGACGCCACGCUUUGCACCUUCACGCUGCUCAACGAUGUCCUCGUCACCCUCUCCCAAGUACAAGGGAAGUGGUGCAUGAAUCUCCACAAGCUGCCAAGCGCCGAGGACCAGGAGAACUUGCCACGCCAGCCGAUCAGCCACGUGGAUAUCACCACCUGCACGAGCAACGAUGCGGAUGUGUCCCUAGCGCACUUCCUUCCGGUCCUGUGUUGUGCGUCUUCUCCUGGCACCAGUGAUUCCAAGGAGGGUCUCCGCCACUCGGGGGGAUUCAUCCUGGAGGAACCUCUCUUCAGCCUCCUCUUCGGCAUCGACGCGGCCAUGCUGGACUCUCCCAUGAUCCUCUGCGGCUUCCCAGACGGGCAGCUGUGUUCUGUGCCCCUGAAGACCCUGAGUUCUCCUGACAGCCCCUGCCGUGAAGAUUCGCCCGUCAAGAUCCUUCAUCACUUAGAGGAGCCCGUGGUCUUCAUCGGGGCCUUGAGGACAGAGCGGAAGUCCCCAGACGCUGAAGAGCAGCCUGCCUUUGGAGACUUGGGCUGUGACUGUGUGGUGGCUUUGGGGCACUACGGGAAAAUGGUAGCCAUCAAGGCAGCUCCGGGGGAUGAAGUCAAGGUCCCGGAGCUCCGAGAAUAUUACCUGCAGGGGCCUGUCCUAUGUGCAGCGUGCAGUGGAGGGAGCCGCAUGUACUACAGCACCCACUCCGACAUCUAUGCCGUUGACUUGGACAGUAAUACCCCAGAGACUGAGAAGGUAGAGGACUCUCCCGGGUCCCUUCCAUCUGCUUUGUCUCCUGCCAGCUUGAGUAUCUGCAGUGUGGUGGCCCUUUCCUUAUCUUCCCGAGAGUCCGAAGGUGAGUCUGAGCUCCUCGCUUUGUCUGCCAAGGGCCGACUCAUGACCUGUGGCUUGUGCAGCCCAGAUGACACGCAGCCUGUCAAGAUGAAUCCCGACAAAGCUGGGCAGAGGAUCAAGGAGCUGCUCUCUGGGAUAGGCCACGUCUCUGAAAGAGUGUCUUCCCUAAAAAAGGUGGUGGACCAGAAGAAUCGGGCGCUGACCUGCCUGAACCAGGUGAUGAACGUGAGCGCAGCUCUGCUGUCCAGCCAGAACGGCCCGAAGCCCAUCAGUUGCACCAUCGCUGCUCACUGGAGCCGCCUGCUGGUUCAGGACACCUUGACCGUCUCCUGCAUAUUGGAGAACUCGAGCGAGUGCAGCCUGGAGCGAGGAUGGACCUUCUGCGUUCAGCUCUUCGCCAGCUCCUGCGACUUCGAGGAAGGCGCCUCCGAAUCUGCCACCACCUACACCUUCCCUAUAGAUCAGCUCCUUCCUGGGGGCAAGACAGAGGUGACGCUCCCCUUAGGCCCUGCUGAAGGCUCCAAGCUGGAACUGCCCUUCACCGUCUCCUGUUCUCUCUACUACGGCCUGCGGGAGAUCCUGGGCACUGUCUCAGAGUCCACCGAGCUGCUGGACGACCUGCUUUCCGAUGAUUCCCCUGGCCUUUCCCCAGACAGAGAAGGCAUCUGCCUGCCCUUGAAGGAGGCCACCAUUGACAUCCUGCAUUGCCUCCGCUUGGACAGUGGCAGUAGACAGUCUGAAGCCGCCCCCCCUGCAGCUGCCAUCCCCGUGGAUCCGCUCGAUACCUUCCUGAAACUGUCCCGGGUCCAGUCUGAUCUCAAGGGCGUGGAAGGCAGCGAAGAGCUCGUUCCGAGUGCGCUGGGUGCUCUGGGGGAGGAUUACUUGGCUCCGUCAGUGGCUUCUAUCAAGGUGUCCUCGGAAUUGCUGAGAACUGCCCUGAAGGACGCUUUGAAAGGAACCUCGCUGGGCUGCGCAGUGCUGCACUGGCUGCUGGCAGAGAACACGGAAGCGGUUGAGCUCCAGAGCACGGAUGCAUCCGCGGCGCGAGGGCUGGCCCCAGGUGGCGGAGAGGUGCAGCUGAACAUCCGAGAGGUGACUGUAAGUGACCUGAGCCCAGCAGAUCCUAUCCAGGCUGUGGAGAUCAUAAUCCAGAGCUCGCUGCUAGCAAACAUGUGCCAGUUGCACCACGCUGUGGUCAGGCGUAUUCAGGCUCUGGUUUUGGAGCAAGCAGCCCAGGACCCUUCGCCUCCAGAUGUCCGUAUGCAAUACCUGCACCAGAUCCAAGCCAACCACGAGGCGCUGCUAAAGGAGGCGCAGGCUCUCCGCGACCAGCUGUGCUUGGGGAAUGAUUCCGAUACAGCGGUGGAAAAGCUCCUGCAUGUUUACCGGGAGCUGCGCAAUCCCGGUCUUGUCGUCCUGUGAGCGCUGAUUCGUGGUUGUCCGUUUUGCCACGCCUUCGAUGGCUCCGCGGUCCUCUCUGCCCAGUGCCAUUGGGAUGAUGGAGGCAGAUGGCUGUCCGCCUUGGGAACUGACUGAAGAUGGGCGGGAUGUCAUGGCUGGGAGGAGGGCGGGAGUCUCCCUGGGCGAGCCCUGCUUCUGAUUGGCUGUUCUGCUUGUUGAUGGAGACUGGAGGCUCAGGGGCUUGGCCAUUGAGUUUAUUCUCUUCCCCUUCUCAUGUGAUUAUUUCUUUUUCCCAGGGUUCUGAAUCCCUGCCCAUCCCUGGCAGAUCUGAUUGGUGCCCCUUGGCAGUCUCACAUGCAGGCAGAGCCACCCGAGCAGGGCUGCCUGUGUCACACAUGUGUUAGUGUGUGUGUGUGUGUAUAUGCAGAUGGCCAACAAGGUGCUGUAGUGGGUGUCAGUGGCGUGUUGUGGAUCACACUCAACGUUGCUUAGUUCAGCUUCUUUUGCUUUCCGUGAUGGUUGCUUUGGCGUGGCAGGCAGAAUUUGGUGAGCUGCCGUCUGCUUGUGGGGAGGGAUGGGGGCAGGUUUUGCUGGUGAAUGCUCAAAAAAAAAAAGGGCUAUGCCUUUAGCUGUGUCGAAUUUUUCGGGAACACUGUGGAAAAAAAAAACCCAUGACGUCACAUGCAUAAGUAUUUCUGGGGUGCUUUUCGUAUCCAGUGCCCCUUCUUUUUCUAAUAGGGCAUUUUGCUCCUUUUUCCAGUCUUUGUCAUUUCUAUAAACAACUUGCUUGUCUUAUUUCCGUGGUGAAGAUUCAUCCAGGGUCGUGUUGUGUUGUGGUACCGCUUGGUGGCGGGGAGGGUGUGCGUGCGUGUUUUUUUAAUACUUCUCGAAAAGGCCACGUGUUUAACGAGCGAGUUCCAGCAUUUGUAAAGCUGUCAUCUUCCAUGAGCGCUUCCCUUUGCCGGGCAGUCUGAUUGCAUCUCCUCUUCCUUUCCGUCUGCUGGCAGGUACUUGGCAGCUCGGGGGGCCUCGGCUGCAGCCUCCCUGCUGAGCUAAUGCGGCGUCUGCUUUAAAAGCUGCCUCCUCCCGAUGAAUAAUUGAAAAGCCAUUCGGUGCACUGGCUGGCUGGCACUAAGGGCCAUUAGGAAACGCUCCAACGCUCGGGUGAAAGACACGCACACGCACUCUCCAGUGGCCCCGCUUCUGGGAUAAUUGAUGUCGCGCAUGCCCUCUGACCCGCAGUAGGGCCGUCACCUCAAACCUGUGAGGCCCUUUCCAAGCCGAUGGGGCUGCUCCCUCCCUGAGCUCCUCAGCCAGUCUGAAAAUGGGAGCAUCGAGUGGAGAGGGCAGCAGUCGUGAAAAUAAAGGAUUGUGUGACUAUUU